AUGCACUUCCCCCUCACUCACCUGAUAUCUGCUGUUUAUUCAUUAAUGCAGACGGUCAUCAUUGUCUGUUUUUCUUCUUCCCCUUCCUCAUUCUCUGCCGCAUCCUUCCCCUGUCUCGAACCAUUUUCGAUUCUUUUGAUGUCUGUAAGGUGGAAUGGGCAACAAACCCAGACACAGGAAGAGGAACGAUUACUUUCUGGACGGAGAGACUUUAGUUCUUCCGCUUGCCUCAAUCUUUCUUGUGCAUGCGCAUUUGAUGACGUAGAUGGUGAUAGCAGAAUGAGAAGCUGCUGUUUCUGGGACGAUGAACACACUUUUAUUGCUCGUAUAACAGGCAAGGAAAAAAAAAUCCCUUUGAUUAUUGAUAUUAUCCUAACCCCUCUCCUCCUUCUUCUUUCUUCAAAUUUUCCUUCUUUCCCUCAUUCCAUUUUGGUAAAGUUAACUGCUUUUAUUUCUUUAUCUUCAAUUCAUUUUGCAUUUGUCUUCAGUCACACAUCUUUCUUUCUUGUCAUGUCUUUAAAUAUUUCUUUCUUUUUCAUAUCUCUUGAUAUUUCUUUCUUUUUUCCUCAUAUUUCUUAA